UGUAUGUGCCAACAAAACCCAUCUCAAGAAACAAUGAAAACAGUGCAUAUAAUGCUAAAAACAAUGCACAUUGUAUUUACAAACAAAUAGUUGGAUGAUGGAUCUGUCCUCCAUUCUUUCUCCUCUCAAAAUCAGGUGUUUUAAGUGACAGAAGAUGUGUGGAUUUUCAUGAUCUGUUGCAACAUGCAUGGGUCUGAAAUUCAGCAAUCUUUUUCUCUUUAUUAGUGACAGAAGGUGUGUGAGUUUGCAUGAUCUGGUGUAACCAUGCAUCUCUGACCAGAUGGGUCUGAAAUUUAGUUAUAUUUUUUCUUUCCGAUGAUGCAUCAUGUAGUUUGAUCCAAAACGUUAAAGAAAGAAAUAAAUAAACUCCCAUAGGAUAUGCAAUCCAAGCCUUUUGUGUGUGGAUUUGCAUGAUCUGGUGUAACAUGCAUUUCUGUCAAGAUGGGUCUGAAAUUGAGCAAGCUUUUUCCUUGCAUAUUUGCAAAGAAGGAGAUUCAGAUAGUGAUGGUGGGUCUUGAUGCAGCUGGUAAGACCACCAUUUUGUACAACUUCAAGCUUGGGCGGGCCAUCAGAACAAUCCCCACAGUGGGCUUCAAUAUUGAGGUUGUGAAGCACAAGAACAUUGCAUUCACUGUUUGGGAUGUUGGGGGUCAGGAAAACAUCAGACCUCUUUGGACCCAUUACUUGAGAAAUGCUGAAGGGCUUGUAUUUGUGGUUGACAGUAAUGACAGAGAGAGAAUUGGUGAAGCAAAAGAUCUGUUGCACAAGAUGCUCAGUGAAGAUGAUUUGAAAGGAGUUUCUCUGCUUGUUUUUGCAAACAAACAGGAUUUUCCCAAUGCAAUGAACACUGCUGAGAUAAUUGAGAAGCUUGAUCUGCAAUCCUUGUCUGAUUGCUGUUGGUAUGUUCAGAACUCCUGUGCUACUUCUGGAGAAGGGCUCUUUGAAGGAUUGGAUUGGCUUUCUAAAGCAUGUAAGAAUUAAGAUUUGAAGAAGCUCUAUCAUGACUUUUAGCCAUGUUUAUGUAAGUUGAAUGGGUAUGUUUGAUGAGAAGAUAAAUGGCCUUGGAAGAUUGA